AUGCUCCACUUCGGACACCGGCUCCCCGAGCGAGGCUGGUUGCUGCUCUGGCUGCUCCUGGCUGUUCUCAAAGCCCAGUCUAGUGGGGAAGUGAGGCCCAAGCCUCUACCAUGCCAGCAGAGCCCCACGAGGGUGUCCUGCAAAGGUGCUGGCCUGCACGAGUUUCCCAAGGAGCUCGGCCAAGGAGUUCAGCACCUUGAGCUCUCCAACAACUUCAUCCAGAACCUGUCGGAGAGCCGCGUGCCCUGCAACCUCACCACGCUGCGGAGGCUGGAUCUGUCCGGGAACAGGAUGACCAGGCUGCCAGCCGGCAUUUUCCGGAGCGCGCCCGAGCUGGGCGAGCUCAACCUCAGCAACAACUACAUCAUGGUGAUUGAGGAGGGAGCCUUUGAGGCGCUGCGGGACCUGCGGGUGCUGAACUUAGCUUUGAAUUCCCUCCACUGCAUCUCCAGCUUCACCCUGACGCAGCUGCGCGUGCUAAACCUGAGCCACAAUGCCCUGGAGCUGUUCGACGUGGAGCAGGAGGACGAGCAGCACUACCUGCUCCAGGUACUUGACCUGAGCCACAACCACCUCCUCUUUUUCCCGGAGCUCCCCCACGCUCACUCCCUCACACACUUAAACCUCUCCAACAACGCUAUCGCUUCGCUGCUCCCGAGUUCCCACCACCCAGCAGAGUUUGUGCUGCCCUAUGCUGGGGUGGCGAGGCAUGAUAACAACAGGUCUUGGAGUUCCAUGGCUCAUCUGACCAAUGUAGCUGACUUGGAUCUCAGCAAUAACCACCUGCAUCAGUUUCCAUUUGCUUUCUUCCACCGUCUGACCUCCCUGCACAGUCUCAAUGUGUCCAUGAAUUGUCUCCAGGAUGUGACCAAGGAGUCACUCACAGGCCUUUUCUGUUCCCCGCUGGAAAGCCUGGACAUUCGCAGUAACAACCUGGUGGCCCUUGAAAAGCCGGCCCUUGCGAGCUGGUCCCGCAGCCUCCAGCUCGUGUCCGUGGCUGGAAACCCCUUUGACUGCUGUGGGCUGGCCUGGCUGGACGCGCUGCAGGCGGCCGGGGUGAGCGUGCGGGACCUCAGCGAAACGCUCUGCUCCUACCAAGAUAAGGCCAAGAACCUCUUGGUCGAGAUAACCAGCAGCCCUCGGUGGCUUUGCCCGCAUCCCAAAGGAAACAGCUCGCUGCCCGUGCUGGUGGUAGUCAUCAGCCUUCUGUUCCUCAGCUAUGGGGCCUGCUGCCUUCUGAAAAAAGGCCCGAAAUUGCCCGGGUGUCUGGGCUGCAGGAGCAAUAGGGUGGAUGUCGUGCCGUGCCCUCCAGGAAAGGCCGCGGCGAGGCCGGCAGACAGCGUCACCAAAGUGUAG